CGGCGGCAGCUUGUUUGAUGCAGCGACCAAAGCGCCUCCGGUUAGCAUAGUUAGCAUGUUGCUCGGGUUCAUUAGUUGUGAUGAAUUAAUAAACUCGUUACGAUCUUCAGCUCGUUGUUUUCCAAYAGAGGGGGGAGUCUUCCCGGGGUUUUGUCAGAACAAGUAAGAGGGGGCCAUGACGGUCCGCUUUAAGAGUCCAGGAACCUGAGCCGUGUGAACCUGUUUCAGUGUCAGAGUGAGUACCAGAAGAGCUACGGGAGUUCCCGGUCCAGAAGUGUGUCGCCUCAGCGCUGCGCCCCAUUGGCGGGCCUUCGCUCCGACCUGAUGGGGUUCAGCAGGGAGCCUGGUCUACAGAGGAGGAAGAGAACCGGACCACUGGCCCGGUCCUGCAGUUCUCUGCUCUUCCCUCCAGAUGAUCCAGCUGUUGGAGCUGUCAGGAGAGCACCCCCUGCUGUGUCUAGAAGCCGCUCAGCCCACAGGAAGGGCUCCUCACAGAACCAGAAGACACCUACGCCUCCUGAAACUCCAGCAGGACCUCGACCUGCUGCAGACCCAGAACCUCCGGAGACCCCAGAUCCUGAAUCUGCAGAUGGAAAAUCUGCGAAGCUCCGCCCCUCUGAGCCUGUUAGCCAAUCACUGGCCAGGCCUGCAGCAGGAACUUCUCCAGGUGAUCAGCAGCCGUCGGAGAACAAGGUUGAACAGGUGCUGCGGUGGAGGGCGGGGCUUAGGUCAGCAGGUCACAGGUCAGAGUACCACAGACAGUUCAGCUGGAAGAAGCCUGGACCUGCAUCGCCUCUACUGACUGCAGAGCUGGUGCUGAACUCCAGCAGGUCCGUGCCGCCCUUCAAGGCAAACCCGGUUUUGAUGGAAACUGAAUAUAGGCGGAGCUUCAGGGGUCUGGUCCCGCCCACUGGGCCGCGCCUUCGGAAGCAUCUGGAAUACGAGAGAGUCCCGCUGUUCCACACGCAGAUUCAUACGGAGAAGAGGGCGGAGUCACAUAAGCCCCAUCCAAAACAGGAACCCCCUCAAGGUGAAAACAACAAGCCACAGUCGCCCCUGAAGGACACGCCCCAUCCUCAGGUGCAGAGGAGACCCAGGRUGUUGACAGAGUAUCAGUCCAGCUUUCGUUCUCGUCUCUGCAGGAACUCAGGAGGCGGAGCUACAGAUGCUGUCACUCAGCAGGUCCAGGAUCUGAGGCAUCAGGCUCAGUCGCACCGCCACCGAGCCUGGGGAACCAACUUCUGCAGGGACCACCUGAACCAGCUGCUGUCCGAACACACAGCCCUGUGGGAGCCCACCGACACCACGGACACCGAGACCCCCACCCRCCGCCUCACCCUCGACCUAUCGCCCGAAGCGGACCGCGGCACUUCCUGCGUGGAGGCCCUGGACCUGUCCAGUAACUCCAGUAGGAGGUCGUGUUCCGUCGCUGGUUCUGGAGGAUCGGGUCACGCUCACAAGAAAACUGGUCCAGGUUCUCCGGCGGAGCGGCGAACAGCCUGGGCAGAAGAAGAAGAAGAAACAACAGCUGAAGACGAGGGCAGGUUACCAACCCCGAGGAUGAAAACGAGGCCGGUUCAGAGGACUCACCACGACCUCACCACACCAGCCACAGGGGGCGCCAUACUUGUGGGCAAACUGCAGAACACAGACAAUUCCUCUGCAAACAAGCAGCAGAAAGGUGGCAUGGACGUUUUYGUGACGACAGGGGCGGAGCCUGGCRCCAACUCGCCAGCCAGACGCAAAGAGGCGUGGUCAGAGAACGUUCCCAGCCCCUCCCCCGAGCACAAAUCAGCCUCCAGCCUGMUGGGUAAACCACUCAGGACAAAGCAGGCGUCCCCCUCACCUGUAGCCCCGCCCCCUUUAACCUCCCCGCCACAACAUGGCAUCCAUGGCUCCAUGAGACACCCGGACUUCCAGCACAAUGGUGAACUGGGUCUGAGGUCCAGGGAGCAGCCGUGUUCCAGAGGAGGCUGCGGUUCAGACGAAGACGAUCAGCUCUCGGUGAUGUCGUGGCGCUCGGCCGCCUCCUGCUCUGCAGCGUCGGCCAUCUUGAAGCGUGCUCAGAGGAGGCGGGAGGACUUCUGGGGGAAGAGAUGACCUCAUUUCAUGUGUUUAUUUAUGAAUCAUGUUGCAGAAAUUAGUCUGAAUCAUGUCUUUUUGUAGAAAAAUUAAAAGAUGUUUUUGAUAAAGA